AUGAAUAAUUGUAUUAACACUAGCAACAGCGCCAACCCAGGGCAGCCUGCCCGGGACAACACAUCAGGCUCCAGCCGUGACGACAGAGACUUCAUCGACCGACUCCUCGACUUCUUCCACGCACCCCCCAACCCCCGCCCCGAAGCACCCCGCAGCGUCUCUCCAGGCUCAUCCGCAUCCUCCGCCUCAGACCACGAAACCGCCGACAACUUCCUCUGCGCCAUCUGCAGCCGCCGUGCAAACAAAGUCCUCUUCAUAGUAUGCGGGCACAGCGCCUGCACUAGCUGCACUAAGCGGCUGUGGAAUUCGAUGAGGCAGUUACCGGGGAAGCCCUACAACCCGCGGCCUGUUUUUUUCCCGUGUCCGUUUUGUAGAGAGUUGGUUACGCGUGUUAAGGAUGAUUUGGUGGUAGACCCCGAGACUAGUGAGUGCCCGGCGGUGGAUAGUGCGGGUGGCUGGGGGGAGGGAGUAAGGGUGGUGGAGUGGAUGUUGAGGGUCUCGAGGAAGACGAGGGAGAGACUAGAGGUGGAGAUGAUUAGGCGUACUACGGAAUGA